AAAGAGGGAGGCCUCCUGCCGCCCCGAAGUCCCCUCCCAGGCGCCGUGGCCCACCUCCGGGCCCGCCUCUGCCUCCUCCCAGCCCGGCUGCAGCCUCCGCUGCCACCGCCUCCUGUCAGAGCCGCCCGUCUCCUGCGAGCCGCUGCCAGGCAGCCUCCGCUGCCUCCUCCUGGGGCGGCCUUAGCAGGUGAGCCCGGGUUCAAAAUGGGCGAUCCUAGAGACAUUUGCCCUCACCUGGAUUCCAUAGGUGAAGUCACCAAGGAAGAUCUGCUUCUCAAAUCCAAGGGAACAUGCCAGUCUUGUGGAGCCAGGGGACCAAAUCUGUGGGCCUGCCUCCAGGUUGCUUGCCCGUACGUUGGUUGUGGGGAAUCCUUUGCCGAUCAUAGCACCCUUCAUGCGCAGGCCAAAAAGCACAAUCUGACGGUGAACCUGACAACAUUCCGGGUGUGGUGCUACGCCUGUGAAAAGGAGGUGUUCUUGGACCAGCGGCUGGCCUCCCACGCUCCAGCCCCACCAUCAAAAUUCAUGGACCAGGAUUCUCCUCCACCCGUCCAUCCUCUGAAAGCUGUCCCAAUCGCCGUUGCUGAUGAAGGGGAGUCUGAAUCGGAAGAUGAUGACCUGAAACCGAGAGGCCUUACUGGAAUGAAAAACCUUGGGAACUCCUGUUAUAUGAACGCUGCACUUCAGGCGCUGUCCAACUGCCCGCCGCUCACCCAGUUCUUCCUUGAAUGUGGUGGUCUUGUGCGCACGGACAAGAAGCCAGCGCUCUGCAAAAGCUACCAGAAGCUGAUCUCGGAAGUGUGGCAUAAGAAGCGCCCGAGUUAUGUCAUCCCAAGCAGCCUGUCGCACGGAAUCAAGCUGGUCAACCCCAUGUUCCGAGGCUAUGCGCAACAGGACACCCAGGAAUUCCUGCGCUGCCUGAUGGACCAGCUCCACGAGGAGCUGAAAGAGCCGGUAGCUGCAGAGAUGCGGGACUCGGACUCGAGCGAUGCGGAUGACAAGCGGGAGGGUGACCGCAGCCCCUCGGAGGAUGAGUUCCUCUCCUGCGACUCAAGCAGCGACCGAGGCGAGGGAGAUGGGCAGAGCAAAACCGGGGGCUCCUUGGUGGAGGCUGAGUUGUUGAUCCAGGAUGAGGCCGGCCGAGGGAUUUCUGAGAAGGAGAGGAUGAAGGACCGGAAGUUCUCAUGCAGCCACCGGCGGAGCAACUCUGAGCAAGUGGACGAGGACGCUGACGUUGAUACCUCUGUGACGGCGCCGGAUGGCCGGGCUUCCCCAGAAGCGCUCCCUCCCCCCACUCCUCGCCCUGCCAGCCCCUCUAGAACCCCAGAGCCGGACAACGACGCUUACACACGCUGCUCCUCUCGACCCUGCAGCCCCGUUCACCACGACAUGCACUCUAAGCUGUCGAGCAGUCCCCCACGCUCAAGCCCUGUGCGACUGGGACCCUCCUAUGUGCUGAAAAAGGCUCAGAUGUUGGCUUCCGGCAAAAAGAAGGUGGAGGUCCGCUACCGCAGCGUCAUCUCCGACAUAUUUGACGGCUCCAUCCUCAGCCUCGUCCAGUGCCUCACCUGUGACCGAGUGCGUUCCCUUACUGCUGCUGAUCCAGUGAAAAUGGUAUCCACCACCGUGGAGACGUUCCAGGAUCUGUCGCUUCCCAUCCCCGGGAAGGAGGACUUGGCCAAGCUUCAUUCCGCCAUUUACCAGAACGUGCCAGCCAAGACAGGGGCCUGCGGGGACAGCUAUGCCGCCUCACAGGGCUGGAUCGCCUUCAUCAUGGAGUACAUCCGGAGGUUUGUGGUGUCCUGCAUCCCCAGCUGGUUUUGGGGUCCGGUGGUCACCUUGGAGGACUGUCUCGCUGCCUUCUUUGCCGCAGACGAGUUGAAAGGCGACAACAUGUACAGUUGUGAAAGAUGUAAAAAGUUGCGGAACGGAGUCAAGUACUGCAAAGUUCUCCGGCUCCCCGAGAUCUUGUGCAUCCAUUUGAAGCGCUUCCGGCAUGAGGUCAUGUACUCCUUCAAAAUCAACAGCCAUGUCUCCUUCCCCUUGGAAGGGCUGGACCUUCGGCCUUUCCUGGCCAAGGAGAGCGUCUCCCAGAUCACAACGUAUGACCUCUUGUCUGUGAUUUCCCACCAUGGCACGGCAGGCAGCGGGCAUUACAUUGCAUACUGCCAGAACGUGAUCAACGGCCAGUGGUAUGAAUUUGAUGACCAGUAUGUCACAGAAGUGCACGAAACAGUUGUGCAGAAUGCAGAGGCCUACGUCUUGUUUUACAGGAAGAGCAGCGAGGAGACUGUGCGGGAGCGGCAGAAAGUGGUCUCUCUGGCGACCAUGAAGGAGCCCGGCCUCCUCCAAUUCUACAUCUCUCGGGAAUGGCUCAACAAAUUCAACACCUUUGCCGAGCCGGGCCCCAUCACCAACCACACCUUCCUCUGCUCCCACGGAGGCAUCCCUCCAAAUAAAUACCAUUAUAUCGAUGACCUCGUGGUGAUCCUUCCCCAGAACGUCUGGGAGUAUCUCUAUAACAGGUUUGGCGGCGGGCCGGCUGUCAACCACCUCUACGUGUGCUCGGUGUGCCAGGUGGAGAUCGAAGCCCUGGCCAAGAGGAGGAAGGUUGAAAUUGACACCUUCAUCAAGCUGAACAAGGCAUUCCAGGAGGAAGAGUCUCCCGGAGUCAUCUACUGCAUCAGUAUGCAAUGGUUCCGUGAGUGGGAGGCGUUCGUCAAAGGGAAGGACAAUGAGCCCCCGGGACCAAUCGACAACAGCAAGAUCGCUGUGGCAAAAGGCAGCAGCCACAUGCAAGUCAAACAGGGCGCGGAUUAUGGGCAGAUUUCCGAAGAGACGUGGAUUUACUUAAGCACGCUGUAUGGCGGUGGCCCCGAGAUCGCCAUCCGGCAGAACGUGGCCCACGUCCAAGAGGUGGAGAGCAUCCACGGGGAGCAGAAGAUAGAGGCAGAGACCCGGGCGGCCUGAGGGACAGUGGACCACGUGGGGGAAGGUUGGGCCGGCCUUGGCUUCCCCUUGGGGAGUGGACAUUCUGCACCUUUGGGAGUGAGUCCCGACACUCUCUGUGUGCUUGCGCGUGUCUCCCUCUCUCUUGUGUCUUGAAACUCAAAAGCAUACCAAGCAGCAGCAGUAGCCAACUUGCCCUGCUCACAGUGAGUAACACUCCGACUCGUAGAAAGCGAUGUUAAUUUGAUGCCUAGCACACCGCCACCGAGGCCUCCCGGGUGCCCGCUUGCAGCUGCACAGGUGAGAGAGAGAGAAAGCGCGUCCUGCAAGUCUGCCUUUGUCCAGAUGAGAAUGAGGACGCCUUUGCCAAAACCAGUUUUGUCCUUUCUGUCAGUUCUUCCCCCUUUCCUCCUGCCCAGGCCCUGACUUGACAUGUCUGGGUUACACUUGGCGUGGCCUCAGAGGAAACCAGGAGGACGAGUUUUCCCAUCGGCAAUCCUUUUUUGACAGCCGUGACUUUUGGCCCGCUCUUCGUGUGCCAAGGGUAGGCGUGCCACAUUCGGUUCCUUUUUAUUUCUCUUCCUCCUCUGGUAUUUCUGCCAGUUCAGUAGCUGAUGUAGCAGUUCUGCUGGAAUCAGACACAGAAGACUUUUUUUUUUGCCGGGGGGGGCAUUAUAAGGUGAUGUUGGAAGUUGGACACAGUCUCAAGCCAGAGGCAUCAUGGUGACAAAAGUCCCCUUCCUUUUUUUCCUAUUGCACGAAUGGGGUUUUCGUUUGUUUUCCCUGUUCCGACGGGGAAAAGCUUUCGAAACGCAGGGUGGAUCCCAGGAAUGCUAUUUAUUUAUUUAUUUAUUUAUUUGCAAGGGUCAAAGGCCCACCCACUUAUUCAUGACGACUCUCCCUCCCUUCUCUCUCUCUCCCCCCCCACACCCCCCCAUGUGUGCGCAUAAACACAGAAAUACACACACGCACCACUUAGCACCAGGAACAAGACCAGCUGAACAGUAUGUUCCCACCCCAUUGAUGUGAAAAUGGGCCAGUGCACGGGAGAAUUCCUGAGAAAAGAGGUAGCUUUGAAUUAGCCCCUCACGGCAACACCAUGCUCAGCUUGUGGCUGCGCUCGCACCACAGGGCGUACCACGCCUGAUUGCGUGCGCAACCACAAACGCAGGAAGCCUCCCUGAGGGGUCGGGAACACACAUUUGGGCAGAGUUGACCUUGAAGCCAGACAGACAGAUUGCCCACCCUGAGCCAGUGCCAUCCCUUUUUUUUCUGGCUGUGUGAGAAUACCAAGAGAGAUAGGCCAGCAGGGCCAAAAUGCCCCCCCCCCAACAGCCACUACAGGAGUGCCAGAACUAGAAUGGUCCCAAGCUAUGGUGUGAUUGGACAGCUUCUCCGAGGGAAAAAAUCACAUGCACCCCAACAUGCUUGAUGCACUUGGGGAGGUAGAGCCACCACCCCCUCCAGAAAUCCCUGCCGUGUUUUCUACUUAGUAGCUGAUCAGAGAGGUCCCUUUUUGAGCAGGGGUUCUGGUCCUCCCUAGGGGCUCUGCGUUGCUGCACUUUGCACAGAGGCAGCGUCUCUCGUGGCAAACUCAUCAGAAGGGGUUGCGAUGACAGAACUGAGUCUAAAUAGUUUGGCGUUGGACUCUACUGAUGCACAAUCUCACUCUCCACCCCCCAACUUGCCUUGCUGAAUGCUGCCAGGAUUUAACGGGGAUUGCUCUGAAGCAAGCUGUUUUUUUUCUUUUAAAGGGGGUGGGAAAGGGCUGAUGAUGGAAGGGAAGGAAGGAAGAUCUUUUUCAUCUAACAUGAUAUUUGGUGAUGCGGCUUCUGGAGGCAAAAACCUUUGUUGCAAACAGCAGCGGGUUCCUGCUCCUUUUUAAAUUGAAAGAAGAAAAGCUCACCUUGUAGAUGUUUCUCCGCUCUGUGUUUUUGUUGCUUGCCUCGCUGACAUGGAUCUGCAACGCCUAAAAUAACAUCCUCCCAGGCACAGGAGGAGCACCAGGGAGCUGUGACCUGUUGUGGGUGUUUUUUCCGUGUCUCUCAUUACCCGAGGCCGGGCAUCCCUUCUGCUCUACUGUGGAACAUCCACAGGGGGGGCAGCCUCUGUUGUGCUCUGUGCGGGUGUCUCACAAGAGACUGAGAGCAUCCCCAAGCUCUUGUGCGUGAAAUUCCUCCUUUUGUGCUAAGAACGUGAGCCAAUAAAUGCCGCUUGCAUUCAAA